UUCAACUUUCCAAGGCAGCAUCCAACGUCUUGCUACAUAUUCUUUCUUGUGGAAAAGGUCCAUCUCUGCACCAAGUUCACUUUCACAAGUCAACCAUCUCGGCUCAAGUCGUCUCGUUUCGUGUGAUCUCGUGUCACCUGGAUAUAUUUACAGCGACAAGAAUAUUUUCGUGAUCUUUGAGCAUCCGAAUCGGUGGUGUUGCCCAUUUUGUCGAACUACUAAUUGUUUACCUUCUUUUUAUUGUUAUUGUUGAUCUUUUUGUUGUCUUCGCCUUGAUUUCAGACUACUUUAGAGCUGUAGUUCCCACUUUCAAACAAUGAACUCAUUCCCAGAGCAUAUUCGAAUGGACCACCCAGCCAGACCCUUAGACUCGGCCUUCCCUCCGUUCAAAGCUGAACACAGAUACAAAGGUGUCUACGAGCGAGCAGGCUUCGACGUGUAUAAACCUCCCAAGUCUGCCAACGAUACUGGUUCCGUACACUCGGGCCGAUCACGUAGAAAGAACAGCGAUAGAACGACUACUCCUCCUAAGUCGUCUUCCACGUCUCCUACAUCUGCGAAAUCAUCUCCAAUGAUCUCGUCUUACUCAAAAAACGCAUCAACUUCAUCAAUGGCUACUCCAGCAUCCACAGCUGGGGAUUUGACAUUCAAGAAUCCCUACAGAGUACCCACCAGUGCCAAAAGCACGACUUUCGUUGAUAAAAACGCUCCGUACCCAGUGUCCCCACCCACCAGACCGUACUCAGAAUCACAUAACUUGGAGCAUUCUAAUAACUACACCUAUUUGAGCAAAACGGAGCAUCAUGACUCUACCUCAAGCAUAGCUCAGGAAAUGGCAAAUUCCACAACCAUAGACGAACGGCAGGAGUUUGUAAUUCACCAGAACGUAGCUCCUGAAGAAGAAUUUGACUUCAGACCUUCUCCUAGAUCCUACGGUUUGGACAACGCCAACAAAAACUACAAGAAUUUGAAGCUCGAUCUCGAUCAUCGCAGCGAAACGAACCCUGAUAUCGAUGACAUCGACAACUUGUCAGAGUCAGAAAAUGAUCUUGCUGAUAGUAUGUCUCGUAAGGAGAACUCGUUUGAAGACACCAGAGAAACCACAAUGGACGACUACAACACCACAUCAGGCUCAGAAGUAGGCUCAGGCUCUGCCCUAGGCUCCUUGCAUCUGAACAAUAACAGCAUUGACAAACAGAUUCCUUCGGCCUUUGAUGAGAAUGCUGACAUUCCACAAACUUUGACAGGUUUACAGAUUCACCUGUCAAGUCCAGACGAGGAACAAUUCUGUGUGUCACAGCAGAACGAUCCAGUUCCCCAUAGUGCUCCAGCCAUGGACCAGUACGAAAUGACUGGCCACAGAGAGUUUCCAGAACAACACUAUACUGCUGGGUAUGCGCAGCCAUUCCAACAACGACCACCCAUUCCUCCUCAACAUAGAGUCCACCACAACCAUGCUGCAGUUCCUCAACAACCAAUGUAUUAUUCAAACCACCAGCCAAGAUCACCAAUAAUGCAACAGUUCCCUCAGCAACAGCCAAUGUCCGGUCAACGUCAUGAUCUUCGUUAUGACCCUCGUGGGAACCGAAGCAGGGGACACAUUCAAACAGCAAAACAGAGCCCAAAUCUUGAUCACGCUCAUCAGGCUGUUCCAAAAAUCAAAAUCCAGACGUCUACCGAAGUGGAUGCGGAACAGAAGUAUGCUGCGGAUAGAUUAUCAAGUGCUCUUGACGAUUUCAAGAAGGAUGUAGAGAGCCACAAGAACUACACUCCUAGAACUUCAUCUGUUCCUUCCAUUAGCACCCCUCCUGCAUUGCCCAUGUCCUCGCCAUCUGAGAUUGGGCUUGCCAGAUUCAGAACGACAAUUGGCAGUGACAUGUUCAUACCUCCUCAAAUAAAGGAGGAGUGUCCCUACCCUGAAUCUCCUGAAUUCGAAGAAGUUGCAUUGGCAAAUGCAAACGUAAAUACAAAUGACGAUUUUAACAGCUUCCUAAACACGGCCACGGAGAACAAUGACCGUGGAAACAGGAGGAGUGCUCUAUCAAUGGUGAGUUCCAUUAUUUCAAAAGAGACUAUGUACAUUGAAGAAGAGGAUGAAGUAGAAAAGGAAUUACAAAGACAACUUAAUAACUUGAAGGUCAACGGGAGUUUGAAAACACCAUCUGAAAAUGGUGACAACGCUGAAACAUUCUCUCAAAAUGAGACCGAAGAGCCUCUUGUUGCUCCAGAUGGACAGAUUGUUCACCAACCUGUAUAUGUUAGUCCAGCCAUGCCCAGCUUCGAGAUCACUGCUCCAGACCAGAUACAAAAUCUGGACAUUUCUACUGAGGAAAGCAUCCAAUAUGCAAAAAGUGAUAUUACUCAAGAUAAGACGGAAGACUUUGAAUAUCUGUCUACGGAUGUGACGUUUGAAUCUGUCAAGCCCUUAUCGGUGCACCAUGCAAACAACCCAGCUGUUCUCUCUGCCCCUUCUUCGCCAGUAAAGCAACCUACUAAGAAGGGUGUUACUUUCGGAGAUGAUGUACCUAGUAUGAUUCCAAGUUUUGAAGUAGAAGAUGUUGAUGAAGAAGAUGUUUCACAAGAAAUCUCAGAAGAAGAGGUUGUCAUGCCAUUGGUACCCAAAAAUCACAAGGUGGAAGAAGAGUUGCAACAUCUUAAUUUCAAGAUUCCAGAAACACAACAAUCUCCACUGGUCUUCAUGACCCAGACACAAGAACCCAUUGAUAAUGACGAAAUAGCAGCUGCCAUCGGAGUGGUAGAAGAGAAAUCCACAAUACAACAUGCUCCUGGUGAGGGACCUUGUCGUACUUGUCACCAAGUAAUCGUUAGCAAUGCUAAAGGACUGCAAAAAUCGAUUCACUCUAAGACCGGAGAACUAUCUGGACAAUGGCACAGAUCAUGUUUUUCCUGUUUCCAGGACGGCUGUGAUAUCCAAUUUAAUAAGAACGUUCCAUGCUAUGCUUUUGACGACAAGCCUUACUGUUUCACUCAUUACCACCAGUUGAACAACUCCGUUUGUACCUAUUGUAACUUAGGAAUUGAAGGUGAGUGUAUUGAAAACGAAUUGGAGCAGAAAUGGCACUUGGAAUGUUUGACUUGUCAACAUUGCAACAAGGGCAUCAGAUCAGACUAUUAUUUGAUAAAUGGGUCUAUUUUCUGUGAAGAAGAUGCCACUAGAAUCAUGAAUGGUGAAGGUUUAUAUGAUGCUGACGGAAACCUCAAAAAGAGUGGGUUGUCCAAAGAAGAUAGAAUCGAAAGAAGAAGAACUAGAUUAUUCUUUGUCGAUUAGUGUCUUCCCCGUUAACAGUACAGAACAAAAAAAUCGAAGAUGUUCGGGAGUCUUCGUUAAGGGGUACGAUAUAUACAAUAUAUAGAUAAUCCCUACAACUACUAAUUUACUAUCAACAGCCAAAUUU